CAUGCCCUUUCUCGUCACACUCAAGUACCUUCCCAAGGUACGAGGUAGGCAAUCUUCACACAACACAUUCAUCACAACGCAACGCAACACCACACAUUUAACAAUAAAUUCCAUCCUCCAUACACCAUUCCUCCAUCUUACCCAUUUUCAUUAUCUUCAUACUUCGACAUAUAUGUGGCCUCUAUUUACGUACUUUCCGUCCCACUUUCUGUUGCUUUUGUAUCUAACACUUUCUCAUUAGCUAGGCUCAGAAGAAUCAUGGAGACAGAAACCGGAGAAGUGGCGCAAGCUGUCAGCAAGAGGGCGGACACUAUAGAGCCUGUCAAUUUCUCGUGGCUACAACCUCACGUUAUCUUUGUUGUCAUCCUUGUUGGUGAGGAUGAGAUGCCCUUCGGCAUCCAGAAAGACUUCCUCUGUGCUAAGUCAUCAUUUUAUCGCACCCAAUUUGCCGACAAGCAAGGCGAAGAGACUGAAAAUGAGCAAAUCGAGCACGUCAUCAGACUUCCCCAAGCCACACCUGAAGUCUUCGGAUUCGUUCAGAACUUCCUAUACACCGGUAAACUUUUCACUGAAGUAGCAUCACUCCCGGGUUACGAAGUUCUUAUAUCUACCUGGAAGCUCGGCCACGAGCUGGGAAUCGACGGUCUCUGCGACGAAGCACUUGAUGCUAUGACCGAGUGCCGACGAGUUACCCAACAUAUCCCAGCCACUCCCUUGCUCGUUCAAGCAUGGAAGGAUGCCCCAGAGGGUUCUUCUAUUCGGAAACUCCUUCUCAACUGGGCUGCCGAGUACAUUCGAUCUUCCGAGUCCCGUCAAGAGUUCACAAAGUCGCUUCCACAGGAAGUCCUCAGUGAGCUUGUGAUCGCAAUGAGCCACCUCAACUCUUCGCCGGUCAUACAAGUUAACCAACACCCGUCUCCGACUAGUCAAUCCCGAACUAAGAAUGUACACUAUCUCGAAGCUGAGGAAAGCGACGGUGAAUCUCACCAUAAGGUGCAGAAACACCGUCACUCAGAUAUUACAACUAUUCACGCAAACCAGACGGAACGGAAGGCUGGACCAAAGAAGUCUGCCCCAAGAGCGUCCUUGCCCACACCGAAGCUCGUUAAGAAGAGAUCGAGCCUUGGUCACAUGGAUGACCAACAAUAUUCAUCAGACCAGAAGUUGAACUUCUGUGCUGAUCUUCUUAGCAGAAUGUUAUCUGGCCCUGGCUUCUGGACUCGUCUGGUGGGACCUUUCCGUGAACCUGUAAGGCCUAUCGAGGACGGCGUUCCUGAUUAUCUUGACGUAAUUAAGAAACCGAUGGACCUUAACACUGUCAAGGGCAAGAUGGAUCGUCGAGAGUAUAACAACGAACAAGACUUUCUCGCCGAUGUCCGUCAGAUCUUCACCAAUUGCUAUACCUACCACAAGCAGGGCUCGGCGAUGUGGACUAAUUGUGAAAAAUUUCAGAAGACGUUUGAGGAGAAGUACGGAACGAUGCCUAAGUGGAUAUCAAAGAUGGAGGGCGAUGAAGCCGCCUAAUUCCUUAAUACUCAAACGCUUUGGUUUCAGAGGCGACGGUCUGGUUACAUGGUAAUGGAUCUCCACACAUUCAUAUUCGCAUUCAUCCUCGUAUAAUUGAACCCUAUUAAUACAUCGAGGACGAUUCGACGAACCAGCUUGGGAUUAGGCUCUCAGUUGGUCUUGUACUUGUAUAAGGAUGGGGGGGCACAUAUUCAUAACAACCAGGCGUCAAAUAGGGCUUUCAUGAUUGCUAGGGUGUUUAUCAUCGUUCAGGCUGAAGGAUUCCGCAGAUUCUCGAUACCAAAUUAGUCUUUUACAAUGAAUUUAAUGUUUUUACACGACGGGGUCAUGGUAUAAUUGGUGACGAUGGCCUAACUACAAGGGAUACUCU